AUGAAACCGAGUAAUGAUCCAUUUACUCCCGAGGAAGAGAAGCGACUUAUACGCAAACUCGAUUUCUGGAUCGUCCCCCUCAUGAUGGUAACAUAUACGCUGCAAAGCUACGACAAGGGCGUCAUGAGUGCUGCGACGCAGUUCAACUUCAAUGCAGAUCUGAAGCUUACCACGAUUGUUGGUCAUGAGCCUAAUGGGACUCCCAUCACCAACAACCAAAAAUACGCCAAUGCGUCGAUGAUUUUCUACAUUGGAUACCUCGUUGGCACAUAUCCCAUGAUGUUUCUGUCACAACACUACUCAACGUCGCGCGUGGUGUCGUGUGCGACUUUCUUGUGGGGAGUUGUCCUCAUGUCUACGGCCGGAUGCUUCAACUAUGCGGGCAUCAUGCUGAACCGCUUCUUUCUUGGCUUCCUCGAAUCGGCUGUCGCGCCCUCAUUCACUGUCCUGGUCACUUUUUGGUGGACGAGAGAGGAGCAGGCUUUGAGAACCGGUUUCUGGUACAGCUGUGUGGGCGUUGCCACGGCCAUCUCUCCGCUUAUCAAUUACGGCCUGGGCCAGAUUCAUUCAUCUCUUCCUUCCUGGAAGCCCAUCUUCCUCAUCCUCGGCAGCGUCACGGUUCUAUGGUCCAUUGUUCUCUUCUUUUUCCUUCCAGACAAUCCCAUGACCAGCAAGCAUUUGACCGACGCUGAGAGACUCAUCGCCAUUCGUCGGCUGGAGCGAAACAACGCUGGUACCAUCAACCACGAAUUCAACAAGGACCAGUUUUUCGAGGCUUUCCGCGACUACAAGCUCUACAGCUGCUUCUUCAUCGUGCUUCUUACCGGUGUGCCAUCAGGUGCUAUUGGAACUUUUGGAACCAUUGUCAUCAACGGCUUCGGCUUUGACCACUUUGACUCCCUGGCUCUCACAUGCCCCAUUGGCGCGAUUACCGCCAUCUCUAUCCUUCUUUCAGGCUACAUCACGCGGAAAUGGAAUAAUACGCGCUAUCUACUCAUUGUCGUCUGCGGCUUAAUCUCUAUUGCCGGAACUCUCAUCUGUUGGUUUGGGCCCCGCGACAACCGAGGGCUGUUGUUUGCGGGCAUUUUCCUGAUUGCCGUGCAAGUUGCCUCUGGUGGUCUUGCGGUUUCUCUAGCAGCAUCAAACAUGGCAGGCCAUACUAAAAAAUCCACUGUCAGCGCGUCAACUUUCGUUGGGUACUGUGUCGGAAAUGUCAUUGGCCCCGUCAUUUUUGGUGCAUCACCAGGGCCAAUUUAUCACGCGGGGUUUGUUGGAAGCUUUGUCUGUUUAUGCGGUGUAGUAGUCAUUGCGUCUAUUACGUAUUUCCUUCUGCGUAGAGAAAACAAUAAGAGGGAUCAGCAAACUGGUUCGCCGAGGGGCCUGCACUCUAUUGCUGAGGAUCUUACGGAUAUGCAAAACGAAGAGUUUAGAUAUGUACUUUAA